CAACUCACUAGUGUUCCUCUUUGCAUAUCUCGGUUAUUCUUUGUCAUUUCACUCUUUCUAUAGUUUUCAUUCAUCUUGGAGUUCCUUUCUACUUCAUUUUGUUUCCCUUUUUCUUUUUCCGACUUCAAAUCAUUACUCAGUUCAUUCUGUUACAGAAAUGACUUCUUGACUAGUUCUUGUGUCAACCAAUAUUCAACUAAGCACUCUUUUCCGCUGUACAAAUUCUUGGGUUUGAGAUUUUUGGCCAAGAUCAUGCAACGUUGACCUGUUGACUUUAGUGGCCAACUUUUUCAGAUUCUUUAAGACUUACUUCUAUGCUUUUGCUUGAUGUAUUUGGCCUGUUUGGGAAGAGGGUAGCUCAAAUAUAGAAUCUUGAUGCUAUAAGAAGGAGGGGUGCUGCUUUUCUUCUUAAUCCCAAUAAAAAAGGAGUGAUAUUUUCAGUUCAAGCAUGUCUUCUGAGAUUUUGAGCUAGCGUUGACCUUAGUGACUUCACCAUUUUUGUCUUAUUCAUUGAGGUAUUUGCUCUGUUUGGGGAAUUGGGUAGCUUAAAGAUUGACUUUUGGUGUUGUUAAGAAGCAGGGAUAAGGUCUUCUUGAGCCGAGGGUCUAUCGGAAACAACCUCUCUACCUCUGAGGAGAUAGGGGUAAGGUCUCCAUACACUCUACCUUUCUCAAACCCCACUUCGCGGGAUUGUACAGGGUAUGUUGUUGUUGUUAAGAAGUUGUGCUGCUUCUCAAGUUGGUUUUGGAAGCUAGAUAUUGGGAAUCAAUAAAAAGGGAUGAAUUCUUGCUAGUUAAAUUACCAAGGCAAUAAUUAAGUUUGAAUAAUGGAGAAUGGCCACGAACUUUCAUCAUCCCUGAGUUUUGCUUCAUCUUCUUAUGUAUCAAAUGGAUACACUAGUCCCAAGGAACCAGGACCAAGUUUUGAUCAUUUGAGCAAUUUAUGUGCUAGUCUUGAGAAACUCCUGCUUAAUCCUGAAUAUGACUACACUGAUGCAGAAAUAGUUGUUGAGGGGAUCAGUGUUGGUGUUAAUCGCUGUAUUUUGGCUGCACGAAGUCAGUUUUUCCAUGAAAAGUUUAAGGAAAAGAAUGAUAAUUCCUUGAAAGAUGAAAAGCCUAAAUAUUUGUUGAAGGAUUUGGUGCCGGUUGCCUCAAUUGGCUAUGAAGUAUUCAUGGUCUUCCUGAAUUAUUUAUAUACGGGAAAGAUUAAGCCAUCUCCUUCAGAAGUUUCGAGUUGUGUUGAUAAUGGUUGUUCUCAUGAUGCUUGCGGCCCUGCCAUUAAUUAUGCAGUGGAACUCAUGUAUGCUUCGUCCACUUUUCAGAUAAAAGAACUCGUUGUGGUCGUAGAGCGCUCUCUCGUCCACUUUGUUGAUAUGGUUACUCCAGAGGAUGUAAUUCCUAUACUUUUAGUUGCCUUUCACUGCAAAUCUAAACAACUUCUUGAGCACUGCAUCCAGAGAGUGGCACGAUCUGAUCUAGACAAUGCUACUCUUGAGAAAGAACUCCCUCAUGAAGUUUUGACUGACAUAAAAGCAAGGCGCCUCAAGUCUCGACAAGGGACUGAACAGGAUUCAAUAGAAGUGGACUCCUUGAGUGAAAAGAGAAUUAGGAGGAUUCUGAAGGCUCUGGAAUCCGAUGACAUUGAAUUGCUAAAGUUACUCCUGGAAGAGUCUAAUGUCACUCUAAAUGAUGCUUGUGCUCUUCAUUAUGCUGCUGCGUAUUGCAACUCCAAGGUUGUGAAUGAGGUACUUGAGCUGGAUUUAGGCGCUGAUGUCAAUCUUCAGAACUCUCGAGGAUAUAAUGUCCUUCAUGUUGCAGCUAGACGAAAGGAGCCAUCAAUAAUAAUGGGAUUACUUGCAAAGGGAGCAUCUGUCUUGGAUACUACGCGUGACGGGCAUACUGCACUAUCUAUAUGCCGGAGAUUGACUCGGCUAAAGGAUUACAGUGAGCCAACGAAGCAAGGAAAGGCAACUAAUAAAGACCGCUUAUGCAUUGAUGUUCUGGAGAGAGAGAUGAUUAGGAAUCCUAUGAUUGGGAUCAUGUCUUCUUCAUCAAUGGUAUUGACUGAUGAAUUACUCAUGAGGUUGCUUUUAUUUGAAAAUCGAGUGGCAUUGGCACGAAUGUUAUUUCCUCAGGAAGCCACACUAGCUAUGGAAAUAGCACAUGCUGAUUCAACCUCAGAGUUUACUGGACUUUCAACAACAACUGGAUUAUGCAAAAAUCUGAGAGGGGUUGACUUGAAUGAAUUACCAUCUGAGCAAGUGAAAAGACUCCAAGAGCGGCUGGUCGCGUUGCUGAAAACAGUGGACACAGGUCGACGUUUUUUCCCUAAUUGCUCUGAAGUUUUAGAUAGAUUACUGGAGGAUGACGCGCUAGAUUCCUUGAUGUUAGAAAGUGGCACCCCUGAGGAACAAAGAUCAAAGAAGAUGCGAUACACAGAACUCAAAGAUGAAUUUAUGAAGGCAUUCAACAAAGACAAAGCUGAAAAGUAUUGGGCAGGCUUCUCUACAUCUUCCUCCUCUUCAUCUUCCCCGAAGACUAAUGUCACGAGUAACAAGAUCAGGAAAAAGUAGGCCCUCUCCAUAGCUACGUCACUCGCGUUGAUCCUUGUCAUGAGCUUUACACGAUUGAGCUCCAUAUACUAUAGUACUGAUCUGUUUGUAAAGAAGAAAUUGGACUAGUAUAAUUGAGACAAUCAUCUUGUAGAAGGAGAGUGGAUAGAUUGUUGGGUAGGGGCAAAAGGAAUAAACGUAGACAACGGAAUGUUUUUUCUUUCUUUUUCUUUGUGUUACCUCUUUUGGAUUGAUGAUUGUCAGUUUAUGGUAAUAUAUAGAGAAAAUGAUCUUUUGAUCAAA